AUGUCCCUCUUAAUCCUUGAAACCGUAGAGAAGCACGCUGAUGCUUCUGACCUGGGGGACAAGAAGCCAGCUCCCUCCAGUCGCCAACUGCUCCGAACCAGCGCCACCCUCUACCGCAAAGGGGGUAUCCGUCUUCUCCUGAAUGGCAUCUGUUCUGCCUGUACCUACUGGGCGAUGCACAUCUCGGUGGCAAAACUAUCCACUACUCUGCUUCCCAGUCCGGCCGCGCAUAUCCUUGCAUCACUCCUGCUCGCUGAGACCCAUUUCCUCUGGACCGCGCGCACCAUCCUUCCGCAUGACCAGCUGCGCUUGGUGUCCAAGCCCGGCGACCGCCGACGAUGGAAGGCGCUGGUGCUUCCCACUUUGGUCUAUGCCGCGGCCGAAACCGUGAUGAUGCAUGUGCCGGCUCUGUUCGACAGCAGCAUCACCCCACCGCCGGAUGAGGAAGUCACAAUAGCGGGAUUGCUGUACAUUGUGAGAUCCGACAUUCUGGUAGCGGGGCUCAUGCUCUCUGCCCAGCUGUUUCUCCUCCUUCCCUCUUAUAUGGUGUUGAUCCUGGUCCAGAUCAGUCUUCUGCCGCCCACCUGCGAGACGCUGAUCUUUAGACAGCAGCGGCGGGGCAGAUGGGUGGGAGAGAUCUUUUCGGUAGUCAACCGAGGACCGUUACAAGCACAAGAGGCGGCGCAGAUGGUUCGGAUGGGGCGGUUGCUCAGCUGUCUGGAACUGCAUGGGAAGAUGUGUCUAUGCUUGGUUGGAGUUGCCGCUGUGGUGCAUUCAGUGGUCUACUGGUUCGUCCGAUCGUACGCCCAUCUCAUUAGGCAUCGCUUCGAUUUUGCGCUUGCACACGUUCAUGACCUUAUCCCCGAGACCGUCACCUGGAAUGCCUGGUGCCAAUUUAUCCAGCACUUCCGACAUUGCGAGGACAACCAGGUGGCUAAACGCUACCUCUUCCAACCGCCAAGUGCAAAGACAGUCUGGUUUUAUGGCGUACCUUACUGGUCUAUCCAGAGGGAUGUGCAACGGAUAGCUGCUCCUCUGAUAAUUGGGUUUGCCAGCAUAUCUCUGGUGCUGUCUUCGAUGCAGGUCAUCUUUUUCUGCACCCACUGA